GCAGCAUUAGCGGUGCCCAAAGCCAACACUUGUAUUUUUUACUUUCUUUAAAAAUACAAACUUUCAUUUUCCAUACAUAAAAUCCCAAAUCAAAUUCAAACCAAACCAUUUUUCUUCAAUCCCAAAUCCUAAAAUCACCGUCAUCAUCAUCAUCAUCAUCAUGAGCAACGAAUACGAUUAUCUCUUUAAGCUCCUGCUGAUUGGUGACUCCUCCGUCGGAAAAUCAUGCCUCCUCCUCCGAUUCGCUGAUGAUUCCUAUGUCGACAGCUACAUAAGCACCAUUGGAGUUGAUUUUAAAAUCAGAACUGUGGAGCAAGAUGGCAAGACUAUUAAGCUUCAAAUUUGGGAUACUGCUGGACAGGAGCGGUUCAGAACCAUAACAAGCAGUUACUAUCGAGGAGCACAUGGGAUAAUUAUUGUCUAUGAUGUUACUGAGAUGGAAAGCUUCAACAAUGUCAAGCAAUGGUUGAAUGAGAUUGAUAGAUAUGCAAAUGAAAGUGUGUGCAAGCUUCUUGUGGGAAAUAAGUGCGAUUUGGUCGAGAACAAGGUUGUGGACACUCAAACAGCAAAGGCAUUUGCAGAUGAGCUUGGUAUCCCUUUUCUUGAGACAAGUGCAAAAGACUCCAUCAACGUGGAGCAGGCUUUCUUAACCAUGGCUGCUGAGAUUAAGAAAAAAAUGGGUAGUCAACCAAGUGCUGGCAAGUCAACUGGAACUGUAGAAAUGAAGGGGCAGCCUAUUCAGCAGAAUAGCAAUUGUUGUGGUUAGCCAUUCUUAUGUGAAGGCUAUGUUCUUUUAAAAAAAAAAAAAAAAAAAAACAUGUAAAACAGUGAACUACGUGGCCUAAUCUGGACCCUGUUAUGUUAUGGAUCUUUGAAGAAGUGUUAAAUAUUGUCUGCCUAGAUCUUCUCAUCUCUUUAACAA